UAUGGGAGGGCUCUGGCGUCCCGUAUUAAGGACCGCUGCUGUCUGUGGCUGGCGUUGGAGUCACCCUGGGUCCCCGACCUGGGUUGCGGAGAGGGUACAGCCGUAUCUCAGGGUGGGAAGAAAUGGGACAGGAAGUGAUGAGACAGGGCUGAGGUGGAUUGGGACAUGGAGGCGUCCGAACCCGGCCCGGGACCUGGCCCUGCAGCCGCCGCGGAGGCCGAAGAGCACGAACCCUUUCACGCGCGCGCAGGAGGAGGAUUGGCGGCGUCGGAACAAGACGGUCCUCACGUACGUGGCCGCAGCCGCAGUGGGCAUGCUGGGGGCGUCCUACGCCGCCGUGCCCCUUUAUCGGCUGUAUUGCCAGACUACUGGUCUUGGAGGGUCAGCAGUAGCAGGUCAUGUGUCGGACCAGAUUGAAAACAUGGUGCCUGUGAAGGAUCGAAUUAUCAAAGUCACCUUUAAUGCAGAUGUGCAUGCAAGCCUCCAGUGGAAUUUUAGACCUCAGCAAACAGAAAUCUAUGUAGUGCCAGGAGAGACUGCACUGGCGUUUUAUAAAGCUAAGAAUCCUACAGACAAACCAGUAAUUGGAAUUUCUACAUACAAUGUUGUACCAUUUGAAGCUGGACAGUAUUUCAAUAAAAUACAGUGCUUCUGUUUUGAAGAACAAAGGCUUAAUCCACAAGAGGAAGUAGAUAUGCCAGUGUUUUUCUACAUCGAUCCUGAAUUUGCUGAAGAUCCAAGAAUGGUGAAUGUUGAUCUCAUCACUCUUUCUUAUACUUUUUUUGAAGCAAAGGAGGGACAGAAGUUGCCGCUUCCAGGCUAUAAUUGAAGUCAGCAUCUUAAGUCCUGCUUCAGAUUUGUGAUUUUUGAAAAAUCAUGUAUUUAGUCUUCUCAGGGGAGAAAUACUUUACAGUAAUGUAAAGCUAUUUUAAAUAUUAUAUAAUGCUGUGUUUAUUUUUUCAACUAAUUUACCCUGCUUAAAAUUGAAUGAACAGUUUCAGCUGUCAGUCAUAAGGAAUCUACAGGCCCAUUUAGAAUGUAGGACUGUUCAAAACCAGAGAGUUUGAUAGGUAAUAUUAAAAGAAACGCUUUGUUUCUUAAAUAAGUAGGCACGGACUUCAUGGUUCAGUUUAUUAGCCCUUCAUACUUAUAGCACUGAGUACUUUUAUUAUUCCCACAGUUGUUUUAGGCUCCAGGCCAUAACUUCUGCCUAUUUUUGUUAUUUCUAAAAUAGUUGGUUACUACUUUCUUUUAUUGUGAACCAUCCUAUUUUAAAAGCUCACAAUGGAAGAGGAAUCACUGAGUCCUAACAGCCUGCCCAGAGAUUACAUUCUGAUUUCAGAUUUGACUCUCUUUUUCCUUUAGGAUCUAGGCCUGUUUUAUAUUCUGAGUACUGACUAAUUAUUUUGAAAUUUCAGCAUCAUGAAAAUGAAAGAAAAUGCAUAAAUACGUUUACUAGAAUUCUAGUAUUUCCUGUGAUAGUUCAAGUCCCUGAAUGUUAAAAUGUAAGUGUGGGGUUGUGAAUAAGUGUGAACUUACUGACAUCAGAAGUUCUAUGAACAGACGUGUAAAAAAGAUGUAUUAAAUUGUUUUAAUGG